UUCAACGGCAAGUGCGACGCCAACCAAGCUUACGCAGCCUAGCCCUUCUAGCCCCGCCCUCUGUCAGGGGAUUGGCGGAGACGCCGUGGCGGCGGCUCCUAUUGGUCGGCGGGGUGAUGCCGUUCUGUUAGGGUGUGCUCAGGAGGCGGCUUUGCUCUUUCUUUCUCCAGAAGCUUCUUCCCUUUGCCGACUCCGUGGUGUCCUCCUCCAGCCGCCGCCAGGAUGAUGGGCCGCCCGGUACUCGUGUUAAGUCAGAACAUGAAGAGAGAGUCUGGGAGAAAGGUCCAGACCGGGAACAUAAACGCUGCAAAGACCAUCGCAGACAUAAUCCGCACCUGCCUGGGACCUCGCGCCAUGAUGAAGAUGUUGCUGGACCCAAUGGGAGGAAUUGUGAUGACCAAUGACGGAAACGCCAUCCUGCGUGAGAUCCAGGUGCAGCACCCGGCCGCCAAAUCCAUGAUUGAGAUCAGCCGCACGCAGGACGAGGAGGUUGGAGAUGGCACCACGUCUGUCAUCAUCCUGGCUGGGGAGAUGCUUUCCGUUGCUGAGCAGUUCCUGGCUCAACAGAUGCACCCGACUGUAGUGAUCAGCGCCUACCGCAAGGCCCUGGACGACAUGAUCGCCACGCUAAAGGAGAUCAGCACCCCCGUGGACACAAGCGACCGGAAGCUGAUGCUGAACAUCAUAAACAGCGCCAUCAACACCAAGGCCAUCAAACUGUGGGCAGAUCUGGCCUGCAACAUUGCCCUGGACGCGGUAAAGACGGUGGAGUUUGAAGAGAACGGCAGAAAGGAGUUUGACAUCAAACAGUACGCCAAAGUGGAGAAGAUUCCAGGCGGGAUCAUUGAAGAUUCCUGUGUCCUGCGCGGCGUCAUGGUGAACAAGGAUGUCACACACCCCAAAAUGAGGAGGUUAAUCAAGAACCCGCGCAUCAUCCUCCUGGACUGCUCCCUGGAGUACAAGAAGGGAGAGAGCCAGACUGAGAUCGAGAUUACCCGGGAGGAGGACUUUUCUCGCAUCCUGCAGUUGGAGGAGGAAUAUAUCCAGCAGAUCUGUGAGGACAUUGUCAGACUCAAGCCCGACCUUCUGAUCACAGAGAAGGGGAUCUCAGAUCUUGCUCAGCAUUAUUUGGUGAAAGCCAACAUCACCGCCAUCCGGAGGGUGCGCAAGACUGACAACAACAGAAUAGCGAGGGCCUGUGGCGCUCGUAUCGCCAGCCGCACAGAUGAGCUUCGGGAGGAGGAUGUAGGGACAGGCGCUGGGCUCUUUGAGAUCAAGAAGAUCGGUGAUGAGUAUUUUACAUUUAUCACAGAAUGCAAAGACCCCAAGGCCUGCACCAUUAUGCUGCGCGGGGCCAGUAAGGAGAUCCUGGCGGAGGUAGAGCGCAACCUCCAGGACGCCAUGCAGGUCUGCCGCAACGUGAUGAUUGACUCCUACCUGGUGCCAGGAGGGGGCGCUUCUGAGAUGACUGUAGCCCAUGUCCUCACUGAGAAGUCCAAGACCAUGACCGGGGUGGAGCAGUGGCCGUACCGCGCUGUGGCUCAGGCUCUGGAGGUCAUUCCGAGGACGCUGAUUCAGAACUGCGGAGCCAGCACUAUCCGGGUGCUGACAUCACUGCGGGCAAAACACACACAAGACGGCUGCCAGACCUGGGGUGUGGACGGCGAGACUGGGGUGCUGGUGGACAUGAAGGAACUGGGAAUCUGGGAGCCAUUGGCUGUGAAACUGCAAACAUACAAAACUGCUGUAGAGACCGCCAUCUUGUUGCUCCGUAUCGAUGACAUUGUGUCCGGUCACAAGAGGAAGGGAGAGGAUCAUGGGAGGGCGGCUCCAGCAGCUCCAGAGAACCCCCAGGAGUGACGACCUAUGAUCAUGUGACCCACGGUUUGCUGAUCCCUCCAGGAAGCGCUUCCAGCACUUGAGGAGACGUCUCGGCAGACGCAGAUACUUCGGCAUGUUAUGUGUUUGUGUGCUGCGCUGUGGUGGGAGACGUUCCUUUUUUUUGUAUUUAUUACUGUCUGAGUGGAUGGGGGCGCAAACGUAGUUUGGGAGGGGUGCCCGGCAAGAUGGCGCACAUCCUGACCCCAAUAAAAUAAAACUUCAUUUCAAACUAA